AUGUAUCUAAAAUCAACUCAUUCAGUUCCUACUGAAGGUGGUCAUGAAUGGGAAAUCACUUUAUUCUGCAGCACUGAAGCAAAUACAAUUGCUACUGUCGACAUGUCUCCGAAAUCUCGGGCUUCAAGGGUUGUCCCUAAUGAUGCUAAGCCCGCUCCGACGGCGUAUUCCAUGAAAUACAUUUGUUCAAAAUUUGAGGAUCCCCCAAUGAAGUUUAGUGCCGUUAUAACUUUUAAAAGCAAAGAUAAUAAA